AAUAGAUGCAAAAUUAUAAUAGCAUUACACUCAAAAAAGCAACAUUCAGAGAAAAUUUCUAGUGAGGUGGUCUUGAAGCUUUGUCCGUCAGUGUAUGCAGUACCAGUCUUAUACUCAUUUUCCGCAUUUUUUAGGAUAAUCGAGAAAAAUGGAGGCCGAGCACCGCUAACCUACCAUCAGUUCCAGGCCAUUAUCGCUUCGAUGGAUGCCCCGCCUCAACCGGAACCGGCCAUAACGUUGGACACUAUCGCCAACGCAACUACGCCACAGUACGAAGAUCACGACGACAAAUACGGAGUUCCUACGCUGGAAGAACUAGGCUUCGAAACCGAGGGCCUCAAGCCACUCAUUUGGGUGAGAGGUGAAACGGAAGCAUUGGCCCGACUGGAGCGCCAUCUGGAACGCAAAGCCUGGGUCGCUUCCUUCGGACGGCCAAAGAUGACUCCCCAGUCACUGCUCGCUAGACAAACCGGUCUAUCGCCCUAUCUGAGAUUUGGUUGCCUCAGCACGAGACUGUUCUACUAUCAACUCACAGACCUGUACAAGAAAAUCAAGAAAGCCUGCCCCCCACUGUCCCUCUACGGUCAGCUUCUUUGGCGGGAAUUUUUCUACUGUGCCGCCACGAAGAAUCCCAACUUUGACAAGAUGGCUGGUAAUCCUAUCUGCGUUCAGAUAUCGUGGGAUCGGAAUGCGGAGGCCUUGGCCAAAUGGGCCAGUGGGCAGACAGGGUUUCCCUGGAUUGAUGCCAUUAUGACGCAGUUGCGAGAGGAAGGCUGGAUUCACCACCUGGCUCGUCACGCGGUGGCAUGCUUCCUGACACGUGGCGACCUGUGGAUUUCGUGUGAGGAGGGAAUGAAAGUAUUCGAGGAACUGCUGCUGGAUGCCGAUUGGUCGGUUAAUGCCGGGAUGUGGCUUUCGUGUUCGUCGUUCUUUCAGCAGUUCUUCCACUGCUAUUGUCCGGUAAAGUUCGGCAGGAAAGCGGACCCGAACGGGGACUACAUACGCCGGUACUUGCCGGUGCUGAAGGUUAGUGGAUGUACAUUUGACAUUUAGUGGGAUAAAGUGGGGCAACAAAAAAUAAUUAUUUGCAGGAGGUAAACAAAAAGUCUGGUUAGAAAUUCGUUUUUCCAGAGAAAAAAAGUAAAACUAAAUGCCAGUUUUGAAUUAGAUAUACAGUACCUAUCCAUUAGACUUUGGCCAAAAAUUUCAUGUCGCCAAAAUCGACUGUUAUUCUUCUUCUUCUUGGAAUUAUGUCCUCACUGGGACAGA